AAUGCGAGCUAUGCUUGAUCAAUUGAUGGGAACUGGACGGAACGGUGAGAAUAACAAAUUUCAAGUGAAGUACUCGGAUCCAAAGGUCUGCAAGAGCUUUUUGCUGGCAUGCUGCCCACACGAAAUCCUGUCGUCAACGUUCUAUUUCCAGAGUCUCUGGAAAAAGCAAUUCCAAUCAGAUCCAUUGUACAAUAUUGUUGCGAGUAUUGUCCGCUCAUAUGUUGUGUUGUACUUGUCGCUCUCACAUGCGCGUUACUGUAAGUACUGAAAAGCGAAGAGGACGUACGUAUUACAAUUCUACAAUUUGAUUAUCUCUUUAACAUAAUUCAAGUACUAGGUAUAUUAAUUUGAUUAAUGAUACAUAAAGGCGGGCGGUUACCUCAGCCCCUCUACCGGUCAACGGUGGCGAGGCUGAGUAGUCGAAUAUUAAUUCCGAGACCCUGAAAGGCCAGUAUAAUGUUGGUGAGUAGCGCCAUGCUGAUUCUCAUGAGAACGAUGUCUUAUUGUCGCUUCUUACUAAUAAUGCCGUUUACGGCAGGUAGAAAUCAAGUUUACUUUGAAAGUAUGUGUGAAAAUCGUAUUCAUCCUCGGAGAUGUAGUGGGUACAGGAAAUGAAGCAGUGAUCUCUUUGAUACACACACAUACUGAUUUUAAACCUUGAAAUUUAUUCGAAAAUUACAACAACGAUGAGAAAAAGAAACAGUAGAAAACGAAAACAGAAAAAGUACUCAAAAGGGAAGUCGUACAUUGACUCUUAAUGAUUAACCUCGUUCAUUUUGGCAAUUUGCAAGGCGAUAAUAAAGUCAUCCAUGAAAGAGAGAGAGAGAGAGAGAGAGAGAGAGAGAGAGAGAGAGAGAGAGAGAGAGAGAGAGAGAGAAAGAGAAAAGAAAGAAAGAAAAGAGUGAAAAGUGGCAUGAAACAGUGAGCGAGCGUUGUUUAUUUAGGGGGAAACUGUACAGCACGGAAGUUUUGUUAGAAAAAAUUUUCUUCAGCAUUGGAUGUACGUAUUGAACUCCGUUUUCUAAAUCGUCUAGAAUUGAUUCACAUAUGGCAAUUUCGUGUUCUACUCGUAAAUAGUAUAAUAAACCUAUUAGGCUGUAAGUUGUUUCAUAGACCAUUGAACAUAUGAACUUAAGGUGUGUGCUGAUUGUAGCUUCAUUGCCAUCGCAUUGUCGUGUCAGGCGGAGAGGUGUUGCCACUCUCGCAUGGACCUGGGAGAAUGCCCCCAGAUUCACGAUUUGGCCCUACGGGCUGACUAUGAGGCUGCGCAAAAGAAGAAGGACCACUUUUACGAUAUCGAUGCUAUGGAACACUUGCAAAAUUUCAUCGCCGAUUGCGAUCGUCGCACGGAGCAAGCAAAGCAACGGCUCGCUGAAACGCAAGAGGAGCUCAGCGCCGAGGUGGCGGCGAAGGCAAACAACGUUCACGUGCUUGCGGAAGAAAUCGGCAAGAAGUUGGCCAAGGCCGAGCAGCUCGGCGAGGAGGGCUUUGUCGAGGAAUCCAUGAAGCUCAUGGGCGAGAUCGACGAGCUGCGAAAGAAAAAGAACGAGGCCGAGCAAGAGUAUCGGAACAGUAUGCCAGCGUCCAGUUAUCAGCAACAAAAGCUACGUGUCUGCGAGGUUUGCAGCGCGUACCUCGGCAUUCACGACAACGACCGACGCCUGGCCGAUCACUUCGGCGGCAAGUUGCAUCUGGGCUUCAUCAAGAUCCGCGAGAAGCUGGCGGAACUUCAGAAAACUGUGGAGGAGAGACGUAAAGAGAAAAGGGAAUCGCUGCUGGACAGGCGCAGGGACAGAGAUAGAGACGAUCGGGACAGAGAUCGCGAUGGCCGACGAGGAGGAUUGGGUUACAGGGACAAAGAUCGCGAUCGCGAUCGCGAGCGUGAUCGUGAUCGCGAGCGUGAUCGUGAUCGUGAUCGUGACCGCGACAGAGACCGAGACCGUGACCGAGACCGUGACCGUGACCGCGAUCGCGAUCGUGACAGGGAUCGAGAACGUAGAGAUAGGGAUAGGAGAAAGUCUCGGUCUCGAAGCCGCAGUCGUGGAAAAAGAUCGAAACGCUCACGCAGUAGUAGCCGUAGCCGUCGAUCCCGUUCUCGCCGUAGUGGAUCCAAUGAUCGGAAAAGAUAAAAAUAAUUCAAUCAUUUUCGAUUAUGCUCAAUCGUUUCUUUCUUCGUAUAAAUUCUCACGUGCUUACUUAUGCACAUUAUAUGUAAAGGCAAGAAAAAAAGAA